CUUUGGUGCUCAAUGAACUCAAACACAGAUAAGUGUCAUCAUCCUCCAUAUGUUUAUAACAGUUCAUCAAACACCAAAUCAGACUUUGAGUUCACUGGAGACGACAAAUCAGACUGUACUUUAUUAAUCCACAAUGUACAGUUCAGUUAUUCUGGAGUCUAUAAAUUCAGAUUUAUAACUGAUGUGACUGGUGGCAGAUGGACAGGAGACCCUGGAGUUACUCUACAAGUUACAGAUUUAAAGGUGUCACUAAUCAGACUCAGUGGAAACGGAACCUUUAAACCAGGAGACUCGUUAAAUCUGACGUGUGAUGUGACCUGCACACAAAGUUCCUCACAGUUUGUGUGGUCUAAGAACAACGAGCUCUUACCUGAAUCAGGAGCCGUUCUUCACUUUCCUGCUCUGACCCUGAGGGAUUCUGGGAAAUACACCUGCACUUGGAAAACCAGCACGACAUCAGGAUCUAAAACCAUCAGCCUUCAGGUCGAGGAUAAAAAUCUUCUUUUAUGGCCAAUUUGUAUCAUUGUUUUGGUGGCAACUGGACUGAUUUUGGUUUUUGUGAUUCACAGCAGGAGAUGUGUCCAUUUUGUGCAGCUGAAGAAGGACGAUUCAGAAACCUUCACUAAAGUUCAACUCAGUGGAAACGGAACCUUUAAACCAGGAGACUCGUUAAAUCUGACGUGUGAUGUGACCUGCACACAAAGUUCCUCACAGUUUGUGUGGUCUAAGAACAACGAGCUCUUACCUGAAUCAGGAGCCGUUCUUCACUUUCCUGCUCUGACCCUGAGGGAUUCUGGGAAUUACACCUGCACUUGGAAAACCAGCACGACAUCAGGAUCUAAAACCAUCAGCCUUCAGGUCGAGGAGCCUCUGAUUAUCUGCCGUUUUAGCACUUCACACUUCUUUGGCCACUGA